GGAAAAUGGUAGUGGAGAGUGAGUGGGCCAGACUAACAGAGUUGAUUGAUAAAUGGUAACCCUAGGAAUAGGAAUCGGAAGGAAACCUUUAUGUGAUAUAUCAGGCGGCGGCGGCGACGACGACCGAUCAUCCUGUUAAACUUAAACUUGGCUUUACCGCACCGCACCGCACCGCACGGUUCCGUACCGCUGUUAUUGAGUUAAGAUAGGAGAGAUGAGAGGAAGGAGUUAUAGUCCAUCGCCUCCACCAGCGAGGGGUUAUAGCAGAAGAGGGAGGAGUCCAAGCCCUAGGGGCCGUUAUGCUGGCCGUCCUAGAGAUCUCCCUACCAGCCUUCUUGUUCGUAACCUUCGCCAUGACUGUAGGCCCGAGGAUCUUCGCAGACCUUUUGGUCAAUUUGGUGCUCUUAAGGACAUUUACCUGCCUAAGGAUUAUUAUACUGGAGAACCCCGUGGUUUUGGUUUUGUCCAAUAUGUGGAUCCUGCUGAUGCGGCUGAUGCUAAAUAUCACAUGGAUGGCCAAAUUCUUCUUGGUCGGGAGUUAACUGUGGUAUUUGCUGAGGAGAAUAGAAAGAAGCCAACUGAGAUGAGGACAAGAGAGAGAAGGGGUCGCUUUUCUGAUCGAAGAAGGUCUCGUUCGCCCCGCUACUCCCGAUCCCCACCACCACGUCAUAGAUCUCGCUCUCGCAGUCGUGACUAUUAUUCCCCUCCUCCCAAACGAAGGGAAUAUUCAAGGUCUGUGUCACCUCAGGACAGAAGAUACAGUCGAGAAAGAUCAUAUUCACAGCAUAGUAGAGAGAGGUCAUACUCACGCUCUCCACCCUAUAAUGGGGGCCCAAGAAGUCGUAGUCUGAGUCCAGGGAAGGGCCCAGGUCGGAGCAGAAGUCCAAGUCCAAACCUUGAUGUUAGGGAAUCAGCCCGUGGUAGGUCCCCCAGUCAGUGAGAAUGAGAGGAGACUUGCGUUGGACUAUUAGAUCUGGAUUUUGUUUGAAUAUUCAGCAAAUUACUUCUGUUGUUCGCUCCACUCUGAUACAAUGGAGUUGGAUUUUAAUUUGUGGUUUCAUAUAUCAGAGUUGUUUCUUGAAUUAAACAUCGUACGAAAAGUUUAGUUUUAGUUGGAUAUUGUUUUGAAAUGUUACUAUUUCCAUCUGGUUUUAGUUGGAUAUUGAUAUGGAAU